AGGCAGAACGGAAGGGUUGAGAGAGCGAGCGAGCGAGAGCGAGGCGGGGUGCACAUGAGUAUGCGUUGCCAGCGAGGGAGGCGAGGAAGCCGCCGCCAUAUGCCGAGUGGAUUCUACAUGUGAAAACCAUGGGAAGCUCACAUCUCCUCAACAAAGGCAUGCCUCUAGCCACCUCCUGUCGAGACCGCUGGCGCCAACCUGCAGCUUGAUUUUACCUCACUGCAUCAAGCUCUCAUUGAUUCAAGAAUGCUUCUAAAUGAAAGCCAAACCAAGGCAAUGCUGUUUACACCCAGGAACAACUCAGAUUCCCUCCUUCUCUAUUAACAACACUCUUGGAGGCAUCCGGCCGCCCAUCAUGAACGGACCCAUGCACCCGCGCCCCCUGGUGGCUCUACUGGACGGGCGCGACUGCACCGUGGAGAUGCCCGUCCUGAAGGACGUGGCCACGGUAGCCUUCUGCGACGCCCAGUCCACGCAGGAAAUCCAUGAGAAGGUACUGAAUGAAGCCGUGGGAGCGCUGAUGUAUCACACCAUCACUCUCAUGAGAGAAGAUCUGGAGAAGUUCAAAGCGCUCCGCAUCAUCGUUCGCAUCGGCAGCGGCUACGAUAACAUUGACAUAAAAUCUGCUGGUGAACUUGGAAUCGCUGUUUGUAACAUGCCAGCCGCCUCAGUGGAGGAGACGGCCGACUCCACGCUGUGUCACAUCCUCACCUUGUACCGGCGGACCACAUGGCUGCAUCAGGCUCUCCGCGAGGGCACACGGGUCCAGAGCGUGGAGCAGAUCCGAGAGGUGGCUUCGGGAGCGGCGAGGAUCCGAGGGGAGACGCUGGGACUCAUCGGACUGGGUCGGGUGGGCCAGGCCGUAGCCCUGAGAGCGAAGGCGUUCGGCUUCAACGUGAUUUUCUACGAUCCCUAUUUGGCAGACGGCGUGGAAAGAUCCCUGGGCCUUCAAAGGGUCACCACGCUACAGGAUCUGCUCUUCCACUCCGACUGCGUGUCGUUGCACUGCAGCCUGAACGAACACAACCAUCACCUCAUCAACGACUUCACCAUCAAGCAGAUGCGUCAGGGGGCCUUUCUGGUCAACACAGCCAGGGGGGGUCUGGUGGACGAGAAGGCCCUGGCACAGGCUCUGAAAGACGGGAGGAUACGGGGCGCGGCCCUGGAUGUUCAUGAGACGGAACCUUUCAGUUUCAGUCUGGGGCCGCUGAAGGACGCCCCCAACCUGAUCUGCACCCCUCACGCCGCCUGGUACAGCGAACAGGCCUCGCUGGAGAUGCGAGAGGAGGCGGCCAGGGAGAUCCGAAGAGCCAUCACAGGUCGUAUUCCAGACAGUCUGAAGAACUGCGUCAACAAGGAGUACCUGACUCAGAACAACCACUGGACGGGGGUCGAACCAGCCAACGUUCACCCAGAGCUCAACGGCGCCUACAGGUACCCACCCGGGGUGGUGAGCAUGACCGCCGGCGGCCUCCCGCCCCCCGUGGAGGGCGUCGUGCCCAGCGCGGUGCCCGUCGCGCACCCCCUCCCGCCGGCUAUCGCGCAUCCACCGCACACCCCGUCGCCCGGACACAACACGGUCAAGCCACCAGAGGGGGACAGAGAACAACAUCCAAACGAGCAGCUGUAGUCAAAAAGCACAGCGGAAAAGUCCAGGAAGUAACUACUGAUUCCAAAAUGUACAGGACAUUGGCACACAGUCGCUUGUUGACACUCCAAAGAGGGCCAAGAAGACGACAAUGCUGGUCAGAAAAAGGAAACAAAGAGGUUGGAUGCUCAUCUGGCCUAAGACUGAAAAAAAAAAAAAAAAUACUUGACUGUCGUGAGUCAAAAAUUUCCCAUUUUUCUUGAUUUUUUCUUCUGUCAUCUCCUGGGUGCAGAAGCAAAAAAAAAAAAAGAAAUUCUAGGCUAUGAAAUGAAUGCGUGUUGUGCACAGUUUUUACAUCAGUGUUUCCCAACCUUUAUUGAUCCAAGGCACAUAUUUUAAAAGAGAAAAAUAUCACAGCAUACCACUAAAGAAAAAUGUCACCAAAAAGUAUAAACUGUGAGCUAAAGCUAUUCUUCUGCCAUGAAUUCAAAGAGUAUUUAAUUGUUCUGUCGCUGGCAUAGAUACAUGAACAAAGAGCCAUCAUUUGUAGUAAAUAAAUCACAUUUGGUGAAAAUUAAAUGGGGUUGGGAAUCACUGUUUUUGCUGGCGAGAAGAUGCUGGAAGAAUUUUCCUUAACAACAAGCCACCUUGAAACAGAAGCAGCUUUUUUUGCACAUCAUCUCAGGAACUUCAGUUUCUGCAGUUAGUCUCCGAUUGACUUCAUUUCCCCAUGUUUAGUGCUUUUUGCCGUCCUUCGGAAGUGCUCGCCUUUCGUUCGAAUUUGAAAAGCUACGGUUGUUUGCUGUAAUUUGAACAGAGCAUGCGAUUUCUGGGGGAUAAAUGGCUGUAUACGGGUGGCAAAAUGGUUCACGAGGCGUUGAGAUGAUUAUUUUUUUAAUUAUGUUGUUGGGAAGACGCAACGCGAUGGACUGAGACUUUGUACUGUAGUAGACCUAAGGAACUGAUCGAAAACGUGUUGUGUCCCCCCGCUAUAUCGCGAUUCAUCUAUUGGAGUCAUGCUAAAUCUGGCUUGAAGCCAUAACCCUAACUUGAAACCCUAAUUUGAGACCCUAGCCCUAUGUUGAAACCCUAGUUUGAAACACUUAACUUAAAACCCUAACACUGACUUGAAUCCCUAGUUUGAAAACCGACGCCAACCGACUUGGCGACGUCAUACUCCACCACACUAGGCCCCGCCUCUUAAAAGCACGUGAAAAAAGACAUGUAUUUUACAUAAUAAAUGUAUUUUCUAUACAUUUUAGGCUUGCAACUUUUUUUAGUGUUUAAAAAGUGUGUUUUAGUUUAGUUUUGAUAAUAACUGGGUCGCGAUAAACGGGGCUUCACUGUACGAUAUCGUAUCGAAUGCAACAGCCGUAGAAAUUAGCACGAGGUUUACUUCCCUCAAAAAUCCGUCAAACCUUACGUUUUUUUACAAAGCACCAGAGUGAAUAGCACAACGCUCCCUUUAACAUUUCAUGAUGGGUCCUUACGAAGUGUACCGUUUGGCCACCGCCGUGCUCUCCGUGUCUGUGUGUGUACAUACUGUGGUGGUGUUUGUUUGCCUGCCUGUGUCAUUGUGACUUGGUUUGUAUCUGUGUGUAAAAUGCAGCGCUGCGACGGGAGUGCGAGGUUCCUGAAAGUGUCGUCAUUGAGGCUGCGUUCACGCGUGGGUUGAAACGAGCUCUGGUGCUCCGCUAGCGCGUUCGUUUGGUCUAGCAUGAAAUUACGUAGACAGGCGUGAACACAACCCCUUUCAUCGGGACUCAAAACUAAACCGUAGCAAUGUGUGGGAUUAGAGCUCCUUAUUCUUGCUGUUUUUCUUUGUCUUAUUAUUCUUGGGACAAGUGAAUGGCAAUUUUGAGGGGUUUCCCAUACUUAAAAACAACCCAAACGCCAUCAAAUCCAAACUCUGUAGCACCCCCGGGAUUUUUGGGGGGGAGAAGAUUCAGCCACCGAAGCGAGUUUAACCUAGAAAGGUCAAAUUUGGUAGGUAUGUCUAUUAUGAGUAGACCUACAAAAAAGUCUCAAGAAGUCAUGCUAGAAAAAAACCCAUUUUGACUUGAAGCAGCAUUUUGGCCGUUUCCAGUGCUCCUUCAAUGGCAAACUUUGAACCGAAAGUUGGUCUGGUCGCUGCCACAUAUGGUAGACCUAUGGGCAACGCUAAGUUGCGAAAUAUUUAACUUUCCGCCAUUGCGUGUUGGCGGAGUACAGCGGCAAAGUUGAUGAUGUGACCAAAUUUAUGUGAUGACUAUGCUGCCAGCCGAGGUGCCCCCAACUGGCAAAAAUGUAUGAAUACAAGAACUCCACUCCUGAGUCCUCCGUGUAACUCAUUUAUAUGUACUUGCAGCUCUAAUUAUGAUCAUUUUUAGAGUCCUACGGUUUACACAAAAAAGAAAAAGGUUGUGUGUUCUAAUCUGGAAGUUUUUCCAAGUGACAGUGCUUUCAGGAUCCCACUCCAGAUUCAGCGUCUUGAGUAGUAAACAGUUCACUGUUGCCUACCCGUUCUCCUUCACGUCGAGGUAGCAAACGUAGCAAUCAGGGAUGGAUAUUUCGCAUGGAUGUCACCGAAUCCAAUCUACAACCUGAGCUGAGUGCCAAGUUCUCGCUGGGCCAAAAUCCCAAAUGUGUACGUUCUAGGGCCUUGGGAAUUCUGCAAGGAAUUUCCGUGAACAACACAUUCCUCACAAAAUGCCUGUCAACUUUACCAUUCCCAUGGCAACCUUCACAGAAAGUGUUCCUCAUUUGAGAACAAAACAGCGCUUUGAAAUUCUAUCCCUGGUAGUGACACACAGUCCACUGUUGCCUCUCCGUUUGUCCUCUUUAUGAUUAAGUAGUAGGCGUAGCAAUAUAUAUAUAUAUAUAUAUAUAUAUAUUCUACAGUACGUAUUAUUUUUGGUCAAAAACCCUGAUGAAAGAUAUGUUUGUGACUGUAUGCAUUUGUAUGAAUAAUUUUAAGAGGAAAUAAACCCUUGAAAGAUG